AUGGACUCCCUUUCCGCAGCCCCGCACCUGAGAGAGUUUCGUGGUCAGUGCACUCGCAUCAGCAGCCUGGACGCAUUGCGUGAGUGCCACCGCCUCGAGUUGCUCGAUGUUGGAGGAUGCCAGCAGGUGCACUGCAUUGAAGCCCUGCGAGGGGCAAAGACGCCAAGGUAUCUUGAUAUCUCCAACACGAGUGUCGCCAACAUCGAUGCGCUCUCGCAGUGUACGGCACUCGAGAGGGUGAACCUGAACGGGUGCCUUCGGCUGUGCUCUCUCGGAUGGUCUCUGGCCUUCUGUACGGAACUCAGAGAGCUCCAUGCGUCUCGAACGUGCAUUGAGACGCUGAUUGGUCUGCGCCUGUGCCGUGUCCUCAGCAAAGUGAAUGUCAGUGGCUGCUCGGCGCUGAGGGGCACCGCGGCGCUCGCGCACCUCUCCCAACUCACACACCUCAAUCUGUCUUUCACGGCGGUGAAUGACGUCAGCUCCCUUGGUUACUACAGCGGACUGGAGAAGCUCCGCAUGCACGGCUGCACGAGGCUCUCUGACAUCUCAGCCCUGCAGUCUGCAAGACGGCUGAGGGUGGUGGACCUGGACAAUACCCGGUGUACAGAGCGUGUCGCCGCUGCGGUUGGCAGCGCCUGA